GCCUUCCCACCGAUCCCAACCUCCUGCAAACACCUUGGCGGGAUAACAGCGCGGUUCCGCUCGAAAACCGUGAAAAUGAGAGGAAGUCCGGUGAACAACAGCGAGGGUGUUUUAUUUCCAGCCUCUGUGGCAGCUCAGGAUUAAAUGAAUUUUCAUUGUUCUUUCUCUACUGCAGUUUGGACACAAAGUCGGUGUAAAUGCGCCCGGGGUUUUAUUUGCUGCCGCCCCCGCCGUCCGCAAGGCUGGUAUUCUCCCACUAGCUGCCUGCUCUAAAUAUGGCCAUGGCCAGUGUGUCAAUAAUCCCCCUCUUUAAGGGACCUGCAAACAGUAGUGUUGGGACAUUCUUGCUGUUCAGAUGUCUAGCUGACGUCUGAUGCUUAAAACGGCGCAUGCUUUCAUCCCUUCGUGCAUUGUCGUAAGCCCCCGAUGAUUACUCUUAAAAGGGUGCCUCCGCUACGCAGGGAAACAGUUGCUGACCAAACGAGACACAGCUUGCUUGCUUCAGCCUUCUUGAAUGCCUAGUCACUUCAGGUUUGUACCAGCCUAACCAAGCGGGACCAUGUCUACCUUUGGCUACAGAAGAGAGCUCAGUAAAUACGAAGACAUUGAUGAAGAUGAGCUCCUUGCUUCUCUCACUGAAGAGGAGCUGAAGGAGCUGGAGCGGGAGCUGGAGGACAUAGAGCCCGACCGUAAUCUCCCGGUGGGACAACGGCAGAAGAGCCUGACGGAGAAAACACCGACGGGGACUUUCAGCCGGGAAGCUCUGAUGGCCUAUUGGGAGAGGGAAACCAGGAAGCUCUUAGAAAAAGAGAGAUUGGGUGCAUGCGACAAGGAUUCUGAGCAAGGAGAUGACAAUUCAGAAGACAUUCGAGAAGAGUAUUUCACAGAAAGCAAUAGUGAAGUGUCUGAGGAGGCAUAUACUGAAGAGGAUGAUGAAGAAGAAGAAGAAGAAGAAGAAGAUGAGGAGGAAGAUGAAGAUGAGACUGAUGAGGAGGAUGGGGAAAAGCUAAAUGCUGCAGCUGGUGAAAGACCUGAGGAUGGCAGGAGUUCUGACCACAUCAGACACAAAAAGUGUAACAGCGCAAAGGACAAUGAAAACUUACUCAAUGGCCAUGAUGAAAAAGACACCGACAAUCUAAGCUUAAAAAGCAGUGCCAUCCACCCUUGUGGAAAUCCAACAGUUAUUGAGGAUGCUUUGGAAAAAGUUAGGAGCAAUGACCCUGAGACCACAGAAGUCAAUCUGAACAACAUUGAAAACAUCACUUCACAGAUGCUUAUACAAUUUUCUCAAGCCCUGAGGGACAACACAGUGGUUAAGUCAUUCAGCUUGGCUAACACGCACGCUGAUGACAAUGUAGCAAUAGCUAUUGCUGGUAUGUUAAAGGUAAAUCAGCAUAUAACUAGUCUGAAUAUUGAGUCAAAUUUUAUCACAGGCAAAGGAGUGCUGGCAAUCAUGAGAGCUUUGCAGAACAACAAGGUUCUAACAGAACUGCGGUUCCACAACCAACGGCACAUCAUGGGCAGCCAGGUGGAAAUGGACAUAGUUAAACUGUUGAAAGAGAACACCACUCUGGUCAAGCUUGGAUACCACUUUGACCUUGCUGGCCCAAGAAUGAGCAUGACAAGUAUCCUGACAAGAAAUAUGGAUAAACAAAGGCAAAAGCGUAUGCAGGAGCAGCGGCAACAAGAGUCUGGUUGUGAUGGAGCCAUCAGUCCAAAGACCAAAGUCUUGCAGAAAGGGACACCUCGGUCCUCACCUUAUGUGUCACCUAAGAGCUCACCUUGGUCCUCUCCAAAGCUCCCUAAGAAGGCACCGCCAGUGAAAAGUCAGCCUCCAGCUCCUGCGCCUCCACCUCCCCCUACACCCCCACCUCCUCCUCCUCCUCCUCCUCCUCCCCCAGUUAUUCCAGAGAAGAAGGCACCAACCAGGAAUAUAGCUGAAGUCAUCAAACAGCAAGAAAGCUCAAAAAAAGCCUUACAGAAUGGACAGAAAAAGAAAAAAGGCAAAAAAAGCAAAAAACAUGAGAACAGCAUAUUGAAAGAAAUUAAAGAUUCUCUAAAAUCAGUCUCGGACAGAAAAUCAGAGGAAGGUUCACGACCCUCCACCCGUCCCUCCACCCCACAAAGGUCUCUCCAUGACAACCUUAUGGAAGCAAUUCGGGCAAGCAGCAUAAAGCAAUUAAGGCGGGUGGAGGUACCAGAAGCCCUUCGGUGAAAGCCUGGACAACAGAAGAAGCAGAGCACUGCAGUGGUCAGGGGAGGCUACUUGUCCGUUCACUGGUGGUAACAUAGACUGUCUAGCAAGCUGCUUCCAAAGUACACUCUUCAUUCAAACCAUUUCUCUUUUAUUUCAAAGAAAUAAACCCGCUAAAUACGAAACAAUGCUUUAAGGAUACAUUUGCCUUGUAAUCUGUAAAUAUGGAAAUAAUUUUCUUUUUUAUUUAAUGAGAUUUCUAUUGAGAAAUUGCUGCUUAUUUAGAUAUUCUUUUCAAUAUCUGAUUGCACAUCACUGGACAAGUUCUUCACACUGAGAUGUAAUAGUUUACCAACCUGUGGUUUCUUCUUUUUUUCUUUUUUUUUUUCAUGAAUUUACAAUAAAUGUGGUUUGAAGCUUUCAAGAAGA